AUGAGUGAAAACACAACAAACACACCUUCUCUUCGUUCUCAAGUCAAAACCUACACACCACCUCCGAUGAAUGAUUCAAGCAUGGGAAGCAAUAAUUCUUCACCAAUCUCACAAAUGGCAUCCACUCCAGUUGUGAGUAUUUACACCAAGCCACAUUUAAUGCGGAGAUUGAAACAAUUUUUGGAUCAUUUUGAUCGUCCCCCUCAACAAUUAUUUAUUGAUUUUGCAUUUGUAGAGGUGGAGGAGAAUGAUGUUUCUCAAUUCCGAUAUAAAUUACAACAUCCAAUUUUACAAUCCAUAUAUGGACCUACAGUAGAUGAACAAUUGCCCAUGUAUCAAAAUGAGUCGACAUCAUCAUCGGCCAGGUUGCCUUCAUCAUUGACGCCAAGACUCUAG